ACUCCGUCAAUGGGAGGAGCCAAUUCGAAACCCGGAACUACCUGCAUCUUGCCUGAAAGAUGCCGGACGUAAACGUGCUUCUGAGCGGAUUAGUCAUUUUCUUGUCGUUUUUCAGCCUUUUGUCUGGUGUGGAAGUGUCACGGUGGACCAUUGAGAUCAACGAGACUGGUGAUCACCAUGGCGUCUUCCGUAAAACCCUUUACCGCAACACCACCAUCUAUAUCAAGUUUAGCGGUGAUGAAAAGUCAUGCAGCCCAGAGCUGGGUUUCAAUAUUAGUUGGUACCUUCGCUCCUCCUUGUGCUACAAUGAGGUCUUCAAUAUAGCAGAUAAACAAGCAUUGCUGAAAUUUGGUACAGAUACAGUGGUGAAGACAGGAUGGAAUGGCUUCUAUAGCCAAGGUUACAUGGCUGUCAAAAGCUGUUCAGAGCUCUUCAAAGCAAGGAAAUUCUAUAAAGCAUUUUUACCGUAUUAUCCCCUGUCCCCAGUGGAUAACUCGAAGGAGGAAAGAAAUCAGACAGAGGUGUACCGCAUGCCAGGGAUUCCUGAAGAGCAAGCUGUGGCUGUGGCCUGGUCAGAUAGCCCUUAUCUAUUCAUUGUAAAGAUUGCCAUGGUUCAUCCACAAAAAGAUGACAGAACAGCUUCGACUGACAAAGGCAAACUUGAUUUAAAGUGGUCUUUCAACAUGACUGUGGCAAUGAAAGGACUCCAUGAUUAUACGUCCCCCACUGAAUGGCCUCUAAUGAUGUUCUUCAUGGUGAUGUGUAUUGUGUAUGUCCUGUUUGCUGCCUUGUGGCUCUUUUGGUCAGUUUGCUACUGGAGAGACCUUCUCCGCAUUCAGUUCUGGAUCGGAGCAGUCAUUUUGCUGGGGAUGCUGGAGAAAGCAGUCUUCUACUCGGAGUUCCAGAGCAUUCACUACAAUGGCGAAUUUGUUCAGGGAGCAGUGGUCUUUGCUGAGCUCCUGUCUGCAGUGAAACGUUCACUGGCCCGCAUAUUGGUCAUAAUAGUCAGUCUAGGAUAUGGGAUUGUCAAACCCAGGCUGGGGACCACGGUACACCGGCUAGUUGCAGUAGGCCUGCUGUAUUUAUUGUUUUCAUCAGUAGAGGGAGUUCUGCGUGUGACUGAGAAUUUUUACGGCACCGUGGCGUUGAUUGCAAACCUCUCUCUCUCCCUCAUUGAUUCCUGUGUAAUGUGGUGGAUCUUCAUGAGCUUGUCACAAACGAUUAAGCUCCUCAAACUGCGCAGAAAUGUGGUGAAGUUGACACUGUACCAGCACUUCACUAACACGCUUAUUUUCUCAGUGCUAGCCUCACUUAUUUUCUUCAUUUGGACCACCAAAGAAUUUAAACUGAUGGACUGUCAUUCGGGCUGGCGGGAUCUCUGGGUUGAUGAUGCUUUCUGGCGCCUUCUUUUCUCAACUAUUCUCCUUGUUAUUAUGGUACUUUUCAGACCGUCUGCAAAUAAGCAAAGAUUCUCUUACUCACCACUGAUUGAUGAAGAUGAUGAAGAUGACGAUAGUGAUGUUAAGGAGCCAAUGCUAAAUGAAGCCUUUGAAGGAAUGAAAAUGAGAGGAGUGAAAAAUGAAGCAAACGGUAACCCAAAAACGGCAAACAAGGAGGAUGAAGAUCUGAAGUGGGUAGAAGAGAAUAUCCCAACGUCUGUGGCAGAUGUGGCACUUCCCGUUAUACUGGAUGAGGAGGAGGAGUUAAUAAAAACCCAACUGGAAAGAUCAAAAAUGGAAUGAAUGGAGAGGUCACUCACCCAGGGGAAGGCUGCACCACUGCAUUACAAAAAAGUUUUGAUAUUGGCAGAAAAGAAUGACAAUAAUAUGCAGUGUCAAGUGUUGCUGCCUGAAAUAAACAUCUGGAAAAUGAGAGGAAUCGGCUUAUCAGGGAUUGGAUGAUGCAGGACUGAAAAGUGACAUGCCAUAGGUCAUUCUCUGCUGUGCCAUUCUGUAUUGCACCUCCAGCACACUGGCACGAAAGCCAAUGCGGGAGGUGGUGUCCAAAACCUGAAAUGUGGGGAAGAAGAAGCAGCAGUGUCUUUGACAAUUUCUGUUUCUUUUUAAAUAUAAAUAUAGUAAAUGUGUACGGACAUUUUGGCUACAGGGCGGCAAUUUUGGCAGUGGUUAGCUGUGGUUCUGCCACAUGCAACUUGAAAUGACCGUUUUGCACAGCUCAUCAAGGUUUUGGGCGGUAUCUGGUGCGAAUAUUUGUACAGUUUUUUGUAAAAUGGUGAACAAGGUGAAGAGGAAUCAAUAAAUAAAUACACACUAAAUUCCGUGCUUCCCUGUUUGGAAAGUGUUCUUUUCUCAAAAUGGGCUUUUCUAAUGUGUGCAGUUAGGAGGAGGAGGAUAUCCACAGGUCCUUGAUGCCAUCUCCAGCUUCUCCUCCAAAAUGAGACAACCUGUUUUCUUCAUUUUCUUAAAGUACAGUACAAGAAAGCAGCGACCAUUAGAAGAAGACCCCACACAAAAAAUCACAAAGUCAUCUGUCUGUGCUCAGCACCAGAGUGCUCGCCUCUAAGAUGUGUGGUUUGCACUUUGUGUCCAUUUGGCCAGUUGGUGCAGAAUCACUUGGCAUCCCCUGCUGCGGUUCUUACUGGACAGAAGGCUUACCUCUCACUUCUUUAUAGCCGACUACAGCGGUCAGGCUCUCGUGGUUCUCCUCCAUGACAUUCUUCACGAUUCCUGUCAGAAUGGAAAGAACUGCUGCUCAGUUUGUAUUAAAGAUGUUCAACUGUGUUUA